CAACAAACCCGGAAACCGAAAUGAGCUUUCGUUUAAAGAUAUUCUUCUGGAAGACAUACCAGUCAAGCAUUAAACUACAGAUGAUUAAGAUGUAUUAAAUGCUACAGCUCGGAAGUGGAGGUGGGCUAUUAAAGCAGAGUUUGUUGGGGGGGGGGCUGUGUUCGUAAGUCAACGAAACCAAUUAGUGUGAAAGUUUGUGGAACUUGACAGAUUGUGUAAAGUUUAUAAACUCACUGCAAGAAGUAUAAAAUCAGUAAAAAUGAAGAAAUCAGAGUUUUAUGAACUGCUGGUAAAACUUUCUACUGCAAUCAGCAAGAAAGAAAAGCAUGUAGAUAUGCUGAGUGUGCUGUACAGAGAUAUGGCAAAUAGAACAGAAUUGGAGGAAGCUGAAUCUGCAUUUGAUUUAUUCCAGUUACUAAUAGGACCAGGUAUUCUGAAACCAACAGACAUUUCAGUUUUGUUUGAAACAAUUCAAAUAACUGGAUUUAGAUAUUUAAAAGAGAUAAUUGAGCAGUAUGAGACAAAUCCAAAAGAAGUGAAGAUCACAAGAUUUUCAGCACAUCGUCAACAUGUUGUUGCACUUGGAAGAGGCUUUUCAGUUAAAGAUGUAAAAAAACUCAGUCAAUUGUACAGAGACAACCUUGUUUUCCCUAAUCAAUGGAAAUUGAUAGAAGAUCUUGAAACAGAUGUUUUAACAGAAGAAAAAAUGUCAACAUUUCUUCAAUGUUUGAAGGAAAAUGAAGUAAAUAAAGAUUUUAAUCAACUUCUUUUGGAACUCUCUGAGGCAAUAAGCAAGAAGGAUGAAAAGUAUGUGGACAUGUUAAGGGUUUUGUACACAGAUCAUGCGAUUAUUAAAACAGAGUUGGAAGAAGCUAAAUCUGCAUUUGAAUUAUUUCAAAUACUUAUAGUAGCAGACAUUUUGAAUCCAAAAGACAUUUCAGUUUUGUUUGAAACAAUUAAAUUAACUGGAUUGAGGUAUCUAAAGAAAAUAAUUGAGACGUAUGAGGCAUAUCCAGAUGAAGUGAAGAUCACUCGGUUUUCACAGCAUCGUCAACAUCUGGUAGCUCUUGGAAGAGACUUUUCAAUUAAAGGUCUCCAGACAGUUUGUCAAAUGUAUGAAAUUCCAGACAACAUCUCUACCAAUCCAUGGAAAGUAAUUACAUUUCUGGAAAAUGAGGGUAUCAUUUUAGAAGGCCACUUGUCUUCGCUUCUCAUGAAUUUAAAAACUGUUGGUAGUGGAGAAACAUCAACAAGACAAAUGUCAGACAAAGAUAUAUUUAUUAGAGAUUUCUUGACUAAAAGGCAGAAACAUUUGUAUCAGGAUGUGAACUGCAUGACACCAACAAUAUGGCAUGAGGAUCAUGAAGUAGAUAUUGGACAAGUAUUUACUGAACUCAUCUUGGUACAAUCUACAAAAAAAGACAGAAAAUCAAAAGCCAAGUCAUCAUCUAUGAAAUUGGAAGGUAGAUCCACAUCAUUAAAUGAGGUGUUAGAUGUUAUUAAAUCAACAGAAUCAUGUAAGGUAUUAAUUACAGGUAAAGGAGGGAUGGGUAAGACUACCCUUCUUCGAUAUAUUGCCUAUCAGUGGGCUACAGAUGGUGUAUAUAAUGCCUUUGCUGAUAAAUUACUGUUUCUGAUAAAUAUCAGAGACAUUAAAGCAAAUCAAACAUUUUUUGAGAUAAUUACAAAAAAAAUUGAUGUAAAAGCAUUAAUAUUUGAGCACAACUUGCCAUCUAAUUCAGUUGAAGCUUUUAUGUUCAUUCAUGCUGAUAAAAUAGUGAUUUUGUUAGAUGGAUAUGAUGAGUUAGGAAGAGAUGCUAAAGAUCCAAUAGAUCUAUUCGAAGGGAAUGAAUUAGGAAAAUGUACAGUGUUGAUGUCAUCUCGACCUGACACUAAAAACAUAGUUAAAUUGGUUAAAUUCUGUGAUGUACACAUUAUAGUUAAGGGAUUCGGUCCAAAAAACAUAAAGAAAUAUAUCCGUAAUCAUUUUCGAUCAAUCGGUAAAGAUGAAAUGGGGAUCUCACUAGUUACGAAGUUAAUAUCUGAUUAUUGUGAUAAGUCUGAUGAUGUAUUUUAUUAUGGUGAUGAUAAUUUUCUUCGCCGUCGUCAUCGUUAUUGUGGUCACCACCAAAAAACAGCAUUUGAAUUAUGCUCUUCUCCACUGUUAUUGCUUAAGAUUUGUAUCAUAUGGGAAGAUAAAAUGUGCCUACCAUCAGAUUUGUCAGAACUUUUCAAGGAAUUAUUUUGUGCCAUUUUAAAUCAAUUCCUAAACAAGGAUGGCACCGAAAAUGCUAUUUCCCAAUUUCACAGAAUUCCAAAGAAAUAUGCAGAUGCCAUUCAACUAUUAGGAGAGUGUAUGUAUAAAAGCCUAAAGGAAAAUAAACUAUCUAUUGAUGGAUAUGAUUUGUCAGAGAUAGCAAAAAAUAAAAAAGAGUGUAGCUUAGCACUGAAACUUGGAUUUGUUUAUCGAGAUAGCCUUGAUUCCAAAGGCGAUUUAAGGAAAAUUUACACAACCCCACAUAAAUUAAUUUCAGAGUCACUAGCAGGAUUUUACCUAUAUCAACAAAUACAAAAGGGGAGUUUAAAAACUGAUGAAUAUGAGGUAAUAAGGUUUAAUGAUUUCUUACACAUGACAAGAGUAUUUGCAAUUGGAUUUCUUGGUGCUAAUGCUUGUAAAUUGCUGAGACAUUGGUUGGUAGGUCAGAAUUAUUACCCUUAUCCAUUUAGUUGGAGGAUGUACUCACUUACAGCUGAUAAUCUAGAAAAGUUUGUUGAAUCAAUAGGUGAGAAUGAGACAUUGAAUUGGAAAAGGAUAGACAUGAGUAGGAUUAACCUAUCUUCAAUCAGUGGGAGAACAUUAGCUUGCCUUUGUAAGAUCUCUACACACCUGAUCCAUAUAGACAUAAGACAUUGUAGUUUAUCAGGUAGUAUUGUUAAUGAAAUGAUGGAGGAAUGUCGUAGAAUGAAUGUAGCGUUGAAAGACAACAUGCUUAGUUUGGAAGGUAAUAACCUUAAAGAUAUUGAUGGUAAAUCACUUGCUAAGUUAAUCAACAUAAUUAAUCACACUGAUGGUCCCUUUACAAUGAGAAGGAAAAUGAGUAGGAGUGAUUACUCUUAUCCCUUUCCAUGGAGUGUCUAUUCACUUACAGCUGAUAAUCUAGAAAAACUUGUUGAAUCAAUAGGUGAGAAUGAGACAUUGAAUUGGAAAAGGAUAGACAUGAGGGGGAUUAACCUAUCUUCAAUCAGUGGAAGAACAUUAGCUUGCCUUUGUAAGAUUUCUACACACCUGAUCCAUAUUGACAUGAGUCAUUGUAGUCUAUCAGGUAGUAUUAUUAAUGAAAUGAUGGAGGAAUGUCGUAGGGUGAAUGUAGCAUUGAAAGACAACAUGCUUAGUUUGGGAGGUAAUAAUCUUUCAGAUAUUGAUGUUAAAUCACUUGCUAAGUUAGUCAGCAUGUUUAAUCACACUGAUUAUCCCUUAACAAUAAGUAGGAGAAUGAGAAGGAGUGAUUACUCUUAUUCCUUUCCAUGGAGUGACUAUUCACUUACAGCUGAUAAUCUAGAAAAGUUUAUUGAAUCAAUAGGUGAGAAUGAGACAUUGAAUUUGAAGAGGAUAGACUUGAGUAGGAUUGACCUAUCUUCAAUCAGUGGGAGAACAUUAGCUUGCCUUUGUAACAUCUCUACACUCCUGAUCCAUAUUGACAUGAGUUGUUGUAAUUUAUCAGGUAGUAUUAUUAAUGAAAUGAUGGAGGAAUGUCAUAGAAUGAAUGUAGGGUUGAAAGACAACCUGCUUAGUUUGGGAGGUAAUAAUCUUUCAGAUAUUGAUGGUAAAUCACUUGCUAAGUUACUUGAGGUAAUUUAUGGUUUUACAUUUAAAUGGAGUGAUUACUCACUUACAGCAAAUAAUCUAGAAAAGCUGGUUGAAUCAAUAGGUGAGAAUAAAACAUUGAAUUUGAAAAGGAUAGACCUGAAUGGUAUUAACCUAUCUUCGAUUAGUGGGAGAACAUUAGCUUGCCUUUGUAAGAUCUCUACACACCUGAUCCAUAUUGACAUGAGAUAUUGUAGUUUAUCAGGUAGUAUUCUUAAUGAAAUGAUGGAAGAAUGUCGUAGGAUGAAUGUAGCCUUGAAAGACAACAUGCUUAGUUUGGCAGGUAAUAACCUUUCAAAUAUUGAUGUUAAAUCACUUGCUAAGUUAGUCAGCAUUUUUAAUCACACUGAUGGUCCCCUUAGAAUGAGAAGGAGAAUGAGGAGUGAUUACUCUUACCCCUUUCCAUGGAGUGACUAUUCACUUACAGCUGAUAAUCUAGAAAAGUUUGUUGAAUCAAUAGGUGAGAAUGAGACAUUGAAUUGGAAAAGGAUAGACAUGAGUAGGAUUAACCUAUCUUCAAUCAGUGGGAGAACAUUAGCUUGCCUUUGUAAGAUCUCUAAACACCUGAUCCAUAUUGACAUGAGACAUUGUAGCUUAUCAGGUAGUAUUAUUUUUAAAAUGAUAGAGGAAUGUUGUAGGUUGAAUGUAGCAUUGAAAAAAAACAUGCUUAGUUUGGAAGGUAAUAAUCUUUCAGAUAUUAAUGGUAAAUCACUUGCUAAGUUAGUCAGUGUAAUUAGUCACCCUGGUGAUCCCUUUAGAGAGAAUAAUUACUCUUACCGCUUAAGAGUGAGAAAUGACAUUGAUCCCCAUAGAUUGAGAGAUUUUUCUGAUCCACAGCCUGAUAUUACGUUUAAAUGGAGGGAUUACUCCCUUACAGCAAAUAAUCUAGAAAAGCUGGUUGAAUCAAUAGGUGAGAAUGAAACAUUGAAUCUGAAAAGGAUAGACCUGAAUGGUAUUAACCUAUCUUCGAUUAGUGGGAGAACAUUAGCUUGCCUUUGUAAGAUCUCUACACACCUGAUCCAUAUUGACAUGAGAUAUUGUAGUUUAUCAGGUAGUAUUCUUAAUGAAAUGAUGGAAGAAUGUUGUAGGAUGAAUGUAGCCUUGAAAGACAACAUGCUUAGUUUGGAAGGUAAUAACCUUUCAAAUAUUGAUGUUAAAUCACUUGCUAAGUUAGUCAGCAUUUUUAAUCACACUGAUGGUCCCCUUAGAAUGAGAAGGAGAAUGAGGAGUGAUUACUCUUAUCCCUUUCCAUGGAGUGACUAUUCACUUACAGCAAAUAAUCUAGAAAAGUUUGUUGAAUCAAUAGGUGAGAAUGAGACAUUGAAUUGGAAAAGGAUAGACAUGAGUAGGAUUAACCUAUCUUCAAUCAGGGGGAGAACAUUAGCUUGCCUUUGUAAGAUUUCUACACACCUUAUCCAUAUUGACAUGAGACAUUGUAGUUUAUCAGGUAGUAUUAUUAAUGAAAUGGUGGAGGAAUGUCGUAGGAUGAAUGUAGCCUUGAAAUACAACAUGCUUAGUUUGGGAGGUAAUAACCUCUCAGAUAUUGAUGUUAAAUCACUUGCUAAGUUAGUCAGCAUGUUUAAUCACACUGAUGGUUCCUUUAGAAGGAGAAUGAGGAGUGAUUACUCUUAUUCCUUUCCAUGGAGUGAAUACUCACUUACAGCUGAUAAUCUAGAAAAGUUUGUUGAAUCAAUAGGUGAGAAUAAGACAUUGAAUUGGAAAAGGAUAGACAUGAGUAGGAUUAACCUAUCAUCAAUCAGUGGGAGAACAUUAGCUUGCCUUUGUAAGAUCUCUACACACCUGAUCCAUAUUAACAUGAGUCAUUGUAGUUUAUCAGGUAGUAUUAUUAAUGAAAUGAUGGAGCAAUGUCAUAGGAAAAAUGUAGCGUUGAAAGACAAUAUGCUUAGUUUAGGAGGUAAUAACCUUUCAGAUAUUGAUGGUAAAUCACUUGCUAAGUUAGUCAGCAUGAAUAAUUAUACUGAUGGUCCCUUUAGAUGGAGUGAUUACUCACUCACAGCAAAUAAUCUAGAAAAGCUAGUUGAAUCAAUAGGUGAGAAUGAGACAUUGAAUUGGAAAAGGAUAGACAUGAGUGGGAUUAACCUAUCUUCAAUCAGUGGAAGAACAUUAGCUUGCCUUUGUAAGAUUUCUACACACCUAAUCCAUGUUGACAUGAGUCAUUGUACUUUAUCAGGUAGUAUUAUUAAUGAAAUGAUGGGGGAAUGUUGUAGGAUGAAUGUAGCGUUGAAAGACAACAUGCUUAGUUUGGUGGGUAAUGACCUUUCAGAUUUUGAUGAUAAAUUUUCUACUGAGUUAAUCAGGAUAAUGUUUCAGAUUGAGUAAUUAUUUGCUUACAAACAGUGAUGAUAAUAAAUGCUUAGUCUUGAGGGCAGUGACCUUUUAUAGAUAAUUAAUUACUAGUUAAUUUCAGGGGCGGAUCCAGGGUGCACCAGGGAAUUGGGCCCACCACCUCUCCCCCCCCCCAAAAAAAAAAAGUAAGAAAAAAAAAGAAGAGAAAGAGUGAAGUAUGUAUUCUAAAAUAAGCUACUUUUCAAUUACUUUUGUGCUAAUUGUAUUGGCACUCUUGUCAUUGUAUUGAAAGAAAUAAACCAAAAAUUGGUAUUUGUUUAAUCAACUUUGAAGUUGUUGAAGUUUAGUUUUAUCAUUUUUGUGUUUGGGACUCUUUUUCCAUGAAAAAAAGGGGACAUACAGUAUAUCUUUCAACACUGUUGCCAACCCCUAUUAAGGGGAUUGGACACUUUCUGAAUGUGCCAAAUGGUCAAAUAACCUUUAUACACACUUAAUUAUCCCUAUAGACACUUUUUUUUUCAUUUAUCACAACUACAGCAGUCUGAAAUAAGAAAAAAUCCUUCAACUUUAUAUUUGACAGCGUUUGAGCAAUAAAACAGAAUUUUCUUCUCUGAAACCUUAAGAGUGAAUAUCAGUAUCCGGGCCUACUGCAUGUGUUUACUUCCUAUAUAAACCAAUCCUUUUCACUUUUGACCCUUACUUAACCAUGGGAAUUUUUUUUUCUUAGUUUUUGUGUACUUUCAUAUAGGGUUUUAAUCCAUACCAUAACAUGCUCUAUUCAUGCUACAUCCAUCCAAUAGAAAGCUCAAUAUUAAAAAAAGUAUAUUUUGUCAUUAACAUUGCAUCAUUAAACAAUAUGGGGAACAUAUAUAAGUAUUGUUGUGAAUUUACAAAACAACUAAUAAACAUUAAAGAAAUCACAACACUACAGAUAAUGCUCAUGUCAGGCGUGUAUGCCUGAGUUUUAUUCAGCCAUAAUCAUUGCUAUGCUCAAUGAAACAACCAAACAUGUUUCAGCUGGGUCUACUGCCAUCAUCAGUGUGGAGACUGCCCACAGACAGUCUUAUUUAUGAGAGAAUUUGUGAAACGUAGCACUAGAUGCGAUUCAAACCAUAAUAACCAAUAAGAAAAAAGAAUUGAAUCAAAAUUGACAUGGUAUAGUUGGUUUUUAAGUGAGAGCUGUUUCUAUUGUAUGUGUAAUGCCUCCUUGAUUUUCAGUUGGUAUUUGAAGGGGCAGAGUCAAGUAUUUGGAAACAGCCUACAUUUGGUAGAACUAUUGAGUGUUUAUAUUGUGAGAGGUGCUAUCCACUGCCAAGUGCUCGCACAUGCAUGUUUCGAAAUGUUGACUGGUUUCUCCGAUAUAUAAGAGCUUUACAGCCUGUACACUUAGAUUUAUACACCACACACGCAGGGAUACUGGCAGGAGCAGAGUCAUUAACAUUUAACAUAUUUUUAAUUUUAAAUGAAGAGAAUACUAGCCUAAAUUCAGAAUAUUUACAAAAUUGCUUAGAGAGCUAUCUAAUCUUACAGGAAACAA